GUCUUUCCUUUUACUGGUUCUUAUUUUCUUGAGAAGUUGAGAAUUUAACAAACAAAUUAAAAGGGAAGGAUGAGCAGUAACAACUUGGAGACUCGAUCUCUGUUGGAUGAACUCCGAAACUUCGACAAGGGCAACUUCUUCGAUCUCGGCCAUCCUCUCCUCAACCGUGUUGCUGAAAGCUUCGUUAAAGCCGCUGGGAUCGGCGCAGUUCAGGCGGUCUCUCGUGAGGCUUAUUUCACCGCCGUUGAAGGUGCAGGAAUGGAUUCGGGCGGGAUUCCAGAUAUCGGAGCUACCAAGAAGCAACGUCUCCCAGACCUCAGAGGGGAGACCAACAGGAAAUCUCUUGAAGCAAUGGUGAAAAAUACAGGCAAAGAAUCUUUGCAGUGGGGGCUAGCUGCUGGAAUGUACUCAGGCCUCACAUAUGGACUGAAAGAGGCUCGGGGUGCUCACGAUUGGAAAAAUAGCGCAGUUGCAGGUGCAAUUACUGGGGCGGCAUUGGCACUCACCUCAGAUGAUCAUUCGCACGAACAGAUUGUCCAAUGUGCCAUUACUGGUGCAGCAAUCACUACGGCUGCUAAUCUUCUCUCUGGAAUAUUUUAGAUUGGUGGUGAAAAUCCAGUCCUGAUCUGCAGGAACAUAUGGAAAGUUAGGUGCAAAGCUCAAAUUGGUGUCUUUUUUGUUAGUAGUUCUGGAUUACACUUGUCGUUCUUACUAGUUAUCUUAAUUGACUUG